AUGGAACAAAAAUGCAGCGAGCUUAAUAAAAUCUCGACAAGUCUGAAAACAAAGGCAAAAAAGGAUCCAGAGUUGCCAAAGUUUGAGUGGAAACUUUUCGAAGAAAAAAAGUUGGGUUGCGGUACGUUUGGGUCCGUAUACCUAGCAAAAUACAAAGGAAAGACCAGAAAAGUGGUUGCCAAAAACAGUAAUGUCGAGUCCAUUGACUCGAAAUCCUGUUUCGUGAAAGAAGCCUCACUGUUGAACAGUACAAAAGGCCACAGGAACAUAAUCCGGUUCCCUGAAUUUUCAAUAAUGAUGGAGUAUUCUUGCUUCGAUUUUCGCCCGUUUGGAGUUGAAAAAAGUCUUUACACUCUAGAAGAUUUUGUCCAUUUCGUAGACGAGUUUGACUUUGCCUCGUUCACAAACUUCAUGCCAACAGCUGCCAAAGAUGUUGUCGAAGUUUUGAAAUAUUUGCACGGCAAGAAUAUCGUUAUCAUUCAAUAA